AUGCGGCACGCACGCGAGCGGGGCGACCUGGAGGCGGAGCUCGGCUGCGGCGCGCGGCUCGGGGUGGCUAGCGGGCGGGCCAGGAUGGACGAUCACCUGGGAGAGAUCUACGACAGGACUCCGGUGGGCAAGCUCACGUUGGCGCUGGCACACGCGCCGAGGAUCCUCGAACCCUGCAGCGCCCUCGCCGCCCUCCACGCAGGUCCGCAGACCUCCCGCUGGGUGGUGCAGCGGUGGUACCACGCAGCCUUUCCCCCCAUCCACAGCGGCAAGGAAGUUGCAGGCUGGGACUCUGACGACAAGGCUGCCGACUCCUGUCAAGGUUCGGCGCACCUGUCCACGAGCACCCCAGGCGGCGCCUGCGGCGCUGGUCUCCAGCUCUCAGGGGCAACUUUCGAGGGGGACCACGGCGACGUGGACCCCGAGCGCGCCAGGGAGCUGAAAGCCCAGGGCAACGAGCUGUUCAAGGCUGGCAAGGUGCACGACGCGCGGGAGGCGUAUUCGGAGGCCAUCUACCUCACGCCCCUCGCGGACAGCGCCGACCGGGCCGUCCUGUACAGCAACCGGGCGGCCUGCAUGCAGAAGCUCGGGAGGUGGGAGGACGUGGUGAGUGACUGCAAGCUGGCGGUGGAACUCGACCCCACCUACGUCAAGGCGUGGGCGCGCAGGAGCGCCGCGUACGAGGCGCUGGAGAAGUGGCACGAUUCCCUCGAGGACCUCAAGAAGGCGAUCGAGCUGGACCCCUCCCUUCGCUCCCGCGAGUACAGGCGGCAGGCGAUGCUGGAGACCCGUGCCCAGCAGCAGUUCGAGAAAGACAAGGACGAGAUGAUGGGCAAGCUGAAGGCAAGUCAGCAUCAACUGGUGCUGGCUGAGCAAGAGCUGAGAGCCGAUGGAGAGCUGUUGGUGCUGACGGAGACUGACAUCAGGACAAUGCUCGGCAGAAGGACCAGCAUACGCAAGCGGUUCAAACUGAUGUUCAUCUUCUGGCAGGGCCUCAUAUCGGGGGUCCAUUUCACGAGUCUCAAAGAGGGGCUCAGGAACAUCUUCAAACUGGUAGGCCAUGGAGCGGAUAACUUCCCAGGCAUCCCGAUACGGUAA